UUCAAGGUUCAAUCCACUGGUUAUCCAUAACCACUUUUAACCAUUCAAAACCAAGAAGAUGAAGUAAAUAAAAUAUUUUGACCAACAGAUGAUUAGACUUUCAUAGUUGACUUAAAAUCUUAAUUUUAAUAUAGUGCCUUUUUAUUCUUCUACUGAGUGGUUGCUGUAAACUAGGGCCAAAUUGCCUAUUUUGAGUCAUCUUUUUCUUUUGCCAGCAACGUGAAUAAACUGUGCUUUCCCUUACGACUUCUACCAUGACUGAGGAAGAUGAUUUGCGGUCUAAACUCGACCAGACUGCCAAUACUUUGGCUGAUAAAGUUCAAAUACUGGAUGCGAGGUCUAAGUUUGUUAGAUUACACCGUGAACGUCAAACCAAUAUUGAAACUGCCAAAGCCGUUCUUGGUAAUUGUCCUGAUAUGUGUCCAGAAUUUGAGAGAUAUUUUCGUGAAGAAAAUAAACAAUUAUCUUCUCUGGAAAUGCUCAAUAAUGAACCUGAUCCUCAUGCUAUGGUUAAAGAAUAUCGUAGAGCUGGAGCGGAUCAAGAAGAACCUUUGCCUUGUGAACUAAGAUCACCCGAAGUCCUGAUUAGGACAAUGGACUAUCUCAUUUGUAACAUAGUUGAUCGUGUUGAACAAGAGCCGGGUAUAGUUGGUGAUUGGUAUGAUUUUGUAUGGAGUCGGAGUCGUGCAAUUCGUAAAGAUAUAACUCAGCAACAUCUUUGUGACUCUACUAGUGUUUUACUUUUGGAAAAAUGUGCCCGAUUUCACAUUCACUGUGAGCAUGCAUUGAUUGAGGAGGAUGCUUCUGUAUUUGAUUCAAAGAUAAACAAUGAAAAUCUUGUAAAAUGUCUUCAAUCUUUAAAAGAUUUUUACAAUGAUCUCAACUUGAAAGGAACUCAAUCCCCGAAUGAAUCGGAAUUCCGUGGUUAUUAUUUACUCUUGAAUCUUGCUCGACCUGAUAUUCUACGUGAAGUUAAACUUUUCCAUUCUCAUGUGCGAAACUCUGAGCCAGUUCAAUUUGCUCUCAAAUGUCACUAUGCUAUGACUACAAAUAACUAUAUCAAAUUUUUCGAUCUUGUUGACAGUACAACUUAUCUCAAUGCUUGCAUACUUCAUAGAUACUUUUACGAUAUCAGACUACAAGCUUUCAAGAUUAUGAGGAAAGCCUACACUAUAUCAAACCAAAUUGAACCUUAUCCAAUCUCUGGGCUUAUAAAUCAAUUAGGAUUCGAGAAUGAAGAUGAAGUUAUAAGUUUUUGCGAAAGCAUCGAAUUAGAAUACGACAAUGACUCUGUGUUACUCAAAAGAGGUAAAACUAAUGACGGAAGAGCUAGCAUACAAGCUGUGCGAUCAAGAAGGUUAAUCGAACGAAAACGUGUUGAUCAACAACUAAGUGAACUAAUCAACGGUGGACCAUUGCCAGAGAAUCCAUACAAAAAGUUUCCGCUCCACAAUAGUUUUGAUUCAAAUGGACGUCUUAAGAAAGAUUCUUUCAUUGGUGCUGAUAGAAGAAAUAGAUUAUCAAUUGAGCGUUCACAGACAUCACCAGUUCAUCAAGCUCAACAACCACCUCCUCCUCCAUACCAACCGCCACAACCACAGCAGUCUCAUCAAGAACUAAUUUCUUUAGAAGUGGAACAAAGAGCCGGGCUUCAGGUAGCUCAAGUCAUCUUAAACGAAUUUGUUACUGACUCAGUUCGUUUUACUGCCAGCAAAAUAAGGACACAUAUUAAAAGACAAAUAUUUACAUAUCGAGAAGCUGAACGGAUCGCAAAUAGUCUUAUCAAUUAUUAUGUUAACGAAACAAUCAAGAUGACAUUCAAUUCUAUUCUCUAUCAAAUGAGAGCAGCUGAAAAUAAAGCAAGAGAAAUUCUUGAAACUCUACAUAAAGUAUCUGGUUUAAUAUGCAAUUCUUUAUUGAAUCAUCAUAUUUAUGUGACAAUAAGGAAUACUGCAGAAUCUAUUUUGAAUUCUUCGAUUGCAGAUCAUAACGUGAGGAAAUGCCGAUUUCUCGGAAGUGCUAUUUUGAAUGAAGUAAUUUCCGAGGAGACUGAGCUCAUUGUCAAGAGAUGCUUCGAUGAGUUAAAAACUCAAGAAGAGCUUAUCAAAUAUAUGCGAUGUAAACGAUCUUGGAGAUUAGCUGGACAGUCUUUCUGGCAUUGGCGACAAAUGUGUCUCAAAAUUAAGCGAUAUCGUCGAAUAAAAUCAACAUUCCCAGCUUCUAGUAUCGAAUAUUCCCCUAGAAUUGAACCAAUGUAUUUGAAGAGAAAAAUUCUAUCACCUGUGGUACUCGAAUCAUCGAAAGAUCAGAUUCCACAAAAACUGAAAAAAGAAAUAGACUGUGAUACAAUUCGAAGUGAACCAAUGUUAAAGAUACUCAAGCCUAAAAUUUUUGCAGAACAAGUUAAUAAUUUGAGCGGUAUUCUCGAUCCUGUUUGUACUGUCGAAGACCUCUCACCAAUUGAAAAAUUGCAUCGUAAGCUCGACGAAGAAAAAAAAUUUGGUCAAACUUUGAGGCGAAGCAUAGAAACCUUCAGAUACACUCUUAAUUUUGAUGACGAUGGAAUAGCAAAUGAUGAAAGUGAUUUAAAGCACUAAAUUUUUCUUAAUCUAUUGCAUUUGUACAAUUUUCUUAUUCCUCUCAAUCCUGAAAAAUAUGACAAAUUUUGUGAUUUUUCUUGACAAAACAAUCUGUUAUUUUGCUAUGGUGUAAAUAAAUUAAUGGCAAACAUUUCA